AUGGCGGCGCGGCGCAGAAAGGGUUGCCGGGACCCCUGGGAAGGAGGGAGACCCCAGACCCAGGCGGACCCCUUCCCAGAGACCCCCCGACUCGGGCUUCACUCGUCCCCGGAGGCUCCGGGUCCAGAGAGCCCUUCCCAAGUCCCUUCCGAAGUUUCAGACUCGGCUCGGUCCCCGGAGACCCCACUCCGACGGAAGCCAGGGGGCCGUGGCCUGGGACGACCUCUGGAGACCUUCAGAUUCUCAGGCGGAGAACUUCCCGGGUUCACCUGGAGGUCUCGACACAAAAGUCACAAGAGCGUGACCUGCGGCGACCGGCGCGACGCGGACGGCGAAGACCCACAAGGGAAGUGCCUGCGUCUGGACCCGGACGCGCCUGUGUGGGCCUCCAAGCAACGGGUCCUGUGCACCCUCAAUCACAGCCUGCAGGACGCGCUCAACUACGGACUCUUCCAGCCGCCCUCCCAGGGCCGUGCCGGCAAGUUCCUGGACGAGGAGCGGCUCCUGAGGGAGUACCCGCCCAACCUGGACACGCCCCUGCCCUACCUGGAGUUCCGGUAUAAGCGACGUGUUUACGCCCAGAACCUCAUCGAUGACAAGCAGUUUGCAAAGCUUCACACGAAGGCAAACCUGAAGAAGUUCAUGGACUACAUCCAGCUCCACAACACAGACAAGGUGGCUCGCUUGCUGGACAAGGGGCUGGACCCCAACUUCCACGACCCUGAUUCAGGAGAAUGCCCCCUGAGCCUUGCUGCCCAGCUGGACAAUGCCACAGACCUACUGAAGGUGCUGAAGAAUGGUGGCGCCCACCUGGACUUCCGCACCCGAGAAGGGCUGACGGCUGUGCACUGUGCCGCCCGGCAGCGGAAUGCGGCUGCCCUGACGACCCUGCUGGACCUGGGGGCAUCUCCCGACUACAAGGACAGCCGCGGCCUGACGCCCCUGUACCACAGUGCCCUGGGGGGCGGGGAUGCCCUCUGCUGUGAGCUGCUCCUCCAUGACCACGCCCAGCUGGGGGCCACUGAUGAGAACGGCUGGCAGGAGAUCCACCAGGCCUGCCGCUUUGGCCACGUCCAACACCUGGAGCACCUGCUGUUCUAUGGAGCUGACAUGGGGGCUCAGAAUGCCUCAGGGAAUACGGCCCUGCACAUCUGUGCCCUCUACAACCAGGAGAGCUGUGCCCGUGUCCUUCUCUUUCGUGGUGCCAACAAGGAUGUUCGCAAUUACAACAGCCAGACAGCUUUCCAGGUUGCCAUCAUCGCUGGGAACUUCGAGCUUGCUGAGGUCAUUAAGACCCACAAAGACUCCGACGUUGUGCCAUUCAGGGAAACCCCCAGCUAUGCGAAGCGGCGGCGGCUGGCUGGCCCCAGUGGCCUGGCAUCCCCACGACCUCUGCAGCGCUCGGCCAGCGACAUCAACCUGAAGGGAGACAGGCAGCCGGCAGCCUCUCCUGGGCCCUCGUUGCGGAGCCUUCCUCACCAGCUGCUGCUGCAGCGGCUGCAGGAGGAGAAAGAUCGGGACCGGGCUGCAGAGCAGAAGGACGUCGGGGGCCAUGCGGCAUCUAGGGGCGGCCAGAGCACCAUCAGGGAGAAGCUGGAGGGCCUCGGCCUCCGGCUGGGUGCCAGGAGGAUGGAGUGGGCAGCCAAGGUGCGGAAACUUUACAGCGCCGUCCCCGGUCGCAAGUUCAUCGCGGUGAAGGCGCACACCCCGCAGGGCGAGGGCGAGAUCCCGCUGCACCGCGGAGAGGCCGUGAAGGUGCUGAGCAUCGGGGAGGGCGGUUUCUGGGAGGGGACCGUGAAAGGCCGCACAGGCUGGUUCCCGGCCGACUGCGUGGAGGAGGUGCAGAUGAGGCAGUAUGACACGCGGCAUGAAACUCGGGAGGACCGGACCAAGCGGCUUUUCCGCCACUACACUGUGGGCUCCUAUGACAGUCUCACGUCCCACAGUGAUUAUGUCAUCGAGGACAAGGUGGCUGUGUUGCAGAAGCGUGAUCAUGAGGGCUUUGGCUUUGUCCUCCGGGGGGCCAAAGCGGAGACCCCCAUCGAGGAGUUCACGCCCACACCUGCCUUCCCUGCACUGCAGUACCUGGAAUCAGUGGAUGUGGAGGGCGUGGCCUGGAGGGCUGGGCUGCGCACUGGAGACUUCCUAAUCGAGGUGAACGGUGUGAACGUGGUGAAGGUGGGCCACAAACAGGUGGUGGCCCUGAUCCGUCAGGGUGGGAACCGCCUGGUCAUGAAGGUCGUGUCAGUGACCAGGAAGCCCGAAGAAGACGGGUCUCGGCGCCGAGCCCCGCCUCCCCCCAAGAGGGCCCCCAGUACCACACUGACCCUGCGCUCCAAGUCCAUGACUGCCGAACUGGAGGAGCUCGCCUCAAUUCGGAGAAGGAAAGGGGACAAGCUGGAUGAGGCCCUGGCUGCGGCCGCAGAGCCCACCCUGAGACCUGACAUUGCGGAUGCUGACUCGAGAGCAGCCACCGUCAAACAGCGGCCCACUAGCCGCAGGAUCACACCGGCUGAGAUCAGCUCGCUGUUUGAACGCCAGGGCCUCCCAGGCCCAGAGAAACUGCCUGGCUCACUGCGGAAGGGUCUCCCGCGAACCAAGUCUGUAGGGGAGGACGAGAAGCUGGCGUCCCUACUGGAGGGGCGCUUCCCGCGCAGCACGUCCAUGCAAGACUCGGGUCGCGAGGGCCGCGGGAUCCCACCGCCGCCACAGACCGCGCCCCCGCCCCCGCCUGGCCCUUACUACUACGACUCGGGGCCUCCGCCCGCCUUCUCGCCGCCGCGCCGCCCGCGGCCGCCGGGCCCCGACAGCCCCUACGCCAACCUGGGCGCUUUCAGCGCCAGCCUCUUCGCGCCUUCCAAGCCGCAGCGUCGCAAGAGCCCGCUGGUGAAGCAGCUGCAGGUGGAGGAUGCGCAGGAACGCGCGGCGCUGGCGCUCAGCGGCACGGGCGGCCCGGGUACCGGCAGCUUCGCCCGCGAUCCCUCCCCGACGCACCGAGGCCCCCGGCCUGGCGGCCUCGACUACAGCCCCGGCGACGGCCCCGGCUUGGCGUUCGGCGGCCCGGGCCCGGCUAAGGAUCGGAGGCUGGAGGAGCGGCGCCGCUCCACCGUCUUCCUGUCGGUGGGCGCCAUCGAGGGCAGUCCCCCGAGCGCCGACCUGCCCUCGCUGCAGCCCUCCCGUUCCAUCGACGAGCGUCUUCUAGGCACCGGGCCUGCCCCUGGCCGCGACCUUUUGCUGCCCUCCCCCGUGUCCGCGCUAAAGCCGUUGGUUAGCGGCCCCAGCCUGGGGUCCUCCGGCUCCACCUUCAUCCACCCGCUCACCGGCAAGCCGCUGGACCCCAGCUCGCCCCUGGCCCUCGCCCUGGCCGCCCGCGAGCGGGCUCUGGCCUCCCAGGCCCCCUCCCGCUCCCCCACGCCCGUGCACAGCCCCGAUGCGGACCGCCCUGGGCCCCUGUUUGUAGAUGUCCAACCUCGGGACUCGGAGCGAGGUGCCCUUGCCUCGCCGGUCUUUUCCCCACGAAGCCCAGCCUGGAUUCCCGUGCCGGCUCGAAGGGAGCCAGAGAAGGCCCCCCGGGAGGAGCACAAGUCACCCGAUGACAAGAAGUCCAUGAUCCUCAGCGUCCUGGACACGUCCCUGCAGCGCCCAGCUGGUCUCAUUGUGGUGCAUGCCACCAGCAAUGGGCAGGAGCCUGGCGAGCUGGGGGCCGAAGAGGAGCACCCGGGCUCCCCGGAGCUGGCCCCGGCCCCCAUGCAGUCAGCAGCGGCGGUGGCAGAGCCCCUGCCCAGCCCGCGGGCCCAACCCCCCAGCAGCACCCCAGUGGACCCCGGGCCAGGCCAGGGCAGCUCAGAGGAGGAGCCGGAGCUGGUGUUUGCAGUGAACCUGCCACCGGCCCAGCUGUCAUCCAGCGACGAGGAGACCCGCGAGGAGCUCGCCCGCAUUGGGCUGGUGCCACCCCCUGAAGAGUUUGCCAACGGGGUUUUGCUGGCCACCCCGCUCCCUGGCCCGGGCCCCUCACCCACCACGGGGCCCGGCCCGGCCUCAGGGAAGCCAGGCACCGAGCUGCCGCCCGCCCCGGAGUCCGCAGCUGACUCUGGCGUGGAGGAGGCUGACACGCGCAGCUCCAGUGACCCCCACCUGGAGACCACAAGCACCAUCUCCACCGUGUCCAGCAUGUCCACCCUGAGCUCAGAGAGCGGGGAGCUCGCUGACACCCACACCUCCUUCGCCGACGGGCAUACUUUUCUACUCGAGAAGCCACCAGUGCCUCCCAAGCCCAAGCUCAAGUCCCCGCUGGGGAAGGGGCCGGUGACCUUCAGGGACCCGCUGCUGAAGCAGUCCUCGGACAGUGAGCUCAUGGCCCAGCAGCACCAUGCUGCCUCCGCUGGGCCUGCCCGCCCUCGCUACCUCUUCCAGAGAAGGUCCAAGCUGUGGGGGGACCCCGUGGAGAGCCGGGGCCUCCCCGGGCCUGAAGACGGCAAGCCAACCGUGAUCAGUGAGCUCAGCUCCCGCCUACAGCAACUCAACAAAGACACUCGCUCCCUGGGGGAGGAGCCAGUCGGUGGCCUGGGCGGCCUCCUGGACCCUGCCAAGAAGUCACCCAUCGCGGCAGCUCGCUGCGCCUUGGCCCCGAGCGCCGGCUGUGUAAGUGAGCACCCAUCCCAUGCCUCUCACCGCGCCCGUGGCUGCGCUUGGCCUCCGGGAUCUGCUCUGCUUGGCAGCGGGGAGCUUCGGCGCCUCUGGCAGUCCGCUGAUGCCCCCUGGCCGCAGUGGGGCCUCCCUCCGAGGCCCGGCUGGGGUGGGGCUGGAGCGCUGGGGUCCUGUUCGGAGCGGUUAGGACACUCGGAAGCCGCCCCAUCCCGCCCCAGCGCUCGCGUCCCUCCGGCCCUUCCCGCGCUCCCCUCCGUCCGCCCCCCACCUCGCCUGGCGCCCCUCACCCGCCCUGACCCCCUCUCCCUCCGCAGGCUCUUCAGCAGCCUCGGCUCGCCCUCGCCCUCGCCGCUGCCCUCGCCCGCACCCGGCGCCAGCGCCCCCGGCCCGCGCCGGCCCUUCCAGCAGAAGCCGCUGCAACUCUGGAGCAAGUUUGACGUGGGCGACUGGCUGGAGAGCAUCCACCUGGGCGAGCACCGCGACCGCUUCGAGGACCACGAGAUCGAGGGUGCGCACCUGCCGGCCCUCACCAAGGACGAUUUCGUGGAGCUGGGCGUCACGCGCGUGGGCCACCGCAUGAACAUCGAGCGCGCGCUCAAGCAACUGGACGGCAGCUGA